AUGAGACCAAAUAGAGUAGAUGUUAAUUUAAACUUCGGAGGGAUGAGACCAAAUAGAGUAGAUGUUAAUUUAAACUUCGGAGGGAUGAGACCAAAUAGAGUAGAUGUUAAUGUAAACUUCGGAGGGAUGAGACCAAAUAGAGUAGAUGUUAAUGUAAACUUCGGAGUGAUGAGACCAAAUAGAGUAGAUGUUAAUGUAAACUUCGGAGGGAUGAGACCAAAUAGAGUAGAUGUUAAUUUAAACUUCGGAGGGAUGAGACCAAAUAGAGUAGAUGUUAAUGUAAACUUCGGAGGGAUGAGACCAAAUAGAGUAGAUGUUAAUGUAAACUUCGGAGGGAUGAGACCAAAUAGAGUAGAUGUUAAUUUAAACUUCGGAGGGAUGAGACCAAAUAGAGUAGAUGUUAAUGUAAACUUCGGAGGGAUGAGACCAAAUAGAGUAGAUGUUAAUGUAAACUUCGGAGGGAUGAGACCAAAUAGAGUAGAUGUUAAUUUAAACUUCGGAGGGAUGAGACCAAAUAGAGUAGAUGUUAAUGUAAACUUCGGAGGGAUGAGACCAAAUAGAGUAGAUGUUAAUUUAAACUUCGGAGGGAUGAGACCAAAUAGAGUAGAUGUUAAUGUAAACAAAUAG